AUGACCUCAGAAGCAGCAUCCCAAAUCACUGUUGGUGCACUCAGUGCAAUUUUUGAUGAAACCAAACCUCAAACUCCAGAACCUAUUGUUCAGUGUGUUCAAAUCAAGCCAUUGCCACCUCAACAAAAUCACCCAGAGCGGUACAGGGCCGUAUUUAGUGAUAUUUCUAACUACGUGCAAACAAUGCUUGCAACGCAGGCCAAUCCAUUUGUUACAAGUGGUCUUCUUCGCAAGGGCUGUUUUGUCAGGCUUAAAGCUUUCCAGGCAAACUCGGUGAAAGGCAAAAAGAUUCUUAUAAUCCUAGACCUUGACGUUUUGCAAGAAUUAGGCGAAGCGGAAAAGAUUGGAGAGCCUAAGCCACUCGAAAGCAAAGCAGACGAUGACGAAAAACCCCAGCCUACAACAAUUUCUAGUAACGGUUUCUAUGGUUCUAGUAUCCAAGGCGCGCAGAUUCAAGGAAAUAGUCGAGCACCUGUGACACGGGCAGCUGCAGUUUCAGGGCAUGCAACAAUAUACCCCAUUGAGGCGAUUUCUCCGUAUGCCCAUAAGUGGACUAUCAAAGCGCGCUGCACAAGCAAGUCGAAUAUUAAAACCUGGCACAACAGAAAUGGGGAAGGUAAACUUUUCAGCGUUAAUUUGCUGGAUGAUAGUGGUGAGAUUCGUGCAACAGGCUUUAAUGACCAGUGUGAUAUGCUAUAUAAUAUGUUCCAGGAGGGAAGUGUUUACUAUAUCUCUAGCCCCUGUCGUGUUCAGAUUGCCAAGAAGCAAUUUACAAAUCUGAAGAAUGACUAUGAGCUUACAUUUGAAAGGGACACAAUUGUUGAGAAGGCAGAAGAUCAAAGUGAUGUCCCACAAGUUCGGUUCAAUUUCACUGCUAUAGGUGAUCUCCAAUCUGUUGAAAAGGAUACCACCAUUGACGUGAUUGGGGUACUAAAGGAGAUUGGGGAGACUUCCCAGAUUGUAUCAAAGACAACGAAUAAGCCAUAUAACAAGCGCGAACUCACCCUAGUGGAUACCACGGCGUUCUCUGUACGCUUGACUAUAUGGGGAUCAACAGCACUUAAUUUUAAUUGUGCACCUGAGUCCGUGGUGGCAUUUAAAGGUGUGAAAGUAUCCGAUUUUGGAGGAAGAAGCCUGAGUUUGUUGAGUUCGGGUUCAAUGACAGUAGACCCCGAUAUUGAAGAAGCCCAUAAAUUGAAGGGGUGGUAUGAUUCGCAAGGCAGAGUUGAGGCCUUUACCUCGCAUGCUUCCAUGCUCGGUGCAGCAACGUCUAUGAAAAGACCCGAUCAGUUGAAGACUAUAGCCCAGGUCCGGGAAGAGCAGUUGGGGAUGUCCGAGGAUGCGGUUUACUUCUCACUGAAAGCAACUGUGAUCUUUAUUAGGCAGGAUAACAUGUGUUACCCCGCAUGCCCCUCUGACGGCUGCAACAAAAAGGUGACAGAACUUGAUCCUGGCCAGUGGCGGUGUGAGCGUUGUGAUAAAACAUACCCCAGACCUGAGUAUCGUUAUAUAAUGCUCAUUAACGUCAGCGACCAUACUGGACAUCUUUGGCUUAGUUGUUUCGAUGAAGUGGGGAGGUCGAUGAUGGCCGCCCCUGCGGACCAUUUGAUGCAGCUGCGUCAGAACGAUGAUGAAAAGGCAAUUGAGGAUAUAUUUCAGGAGGCCAAUUGCCGGACCUGGAACUUCAGAUGCAGAGCUAAGAUUGAUCAUUUUGGUGAUCAGCAACGUAUCCGCUAUCAAGUAUCAUCUGCAAGUCCAAUCAACUACUCCGAAGAGGCCACACGCCUUGCAGGGAUAAUAGAAAGCUAUAGUGUUUGA